UCAGUAUAUAAAUCCCCCUGCUUGCAAUGUACAGCCAUAUCUGCUCUGAAGAAAUGAGCGGAGAACACACCCCCACAUCCACUUCCGGCAGUGGUGGCAUGUAUAAUAAUCUAAAGGCCCCACUUCUUCCAAUCGAACAACGAACACAUGGACACGCUUGCCUGAAAUCCAUUCUGAGUCUCAACAAUUUCUACGUGUUACUUGGACCCAUGUUGUCUCUGCUUAUAUGCCUCUUCGUGAAGCUGGAUGGUGCUCCCGCCACAAGCAGGAACAUGCUUGCAGUGAUUGCUUGGGUGUUCGCAUGGUGGGUGACCACCGCGGUGCCUCUUCCGGUGACGUCCAUGUGCCCCCUCUUCCUCUUCCCGCUCUUUGGGAUUGCUUCUGCUGAUGCUGUUGCACACUCUUACAUGGAUGACGUCAUUACCCUCGUCUUGGGCAGUUUCAUCCUUGCUCUCGCUGUUGAACGCUACAAUGUCCACCGAAGAUUGGCCUUGAAAGUGACAUCGGUGUUCUGUGGAGAGCCACUGAAUCCGGCGAUGCUGCUAUUUGGUCUAUGUGGGACGUCAUUCUUCGUGAGUAUGUGGAUGCACAACGUGGCGGCAGCGGUGAUGAUGAUGCCGGUGGCAACGGGGAUACUGCAGAGGCUGCCGGGACGCCGAUAGGAGGGAUGAGCACUCUGACGGGGACAGGAGUGAAUCUCAUUCUGGUUGGGAUGUGGAAGAGCCUCGUCCCUGGUUCGAAGCCAAUAAGCUUCAACACGUGGUUCUUCUUUGGCUUCCCUGUGGCCAUUGUCAUCCUCAUCUUCUUCUGGUGCCUCAUCACUUUCCUCUAUGUCCGAAAAUCUUCACCUCAGGCUUUGUCUUCUUAUCUCGACAAAGCUCACUUGAAGCGUGACCUACAAGCCCUCGGUCCGAUGUCUUUUGCUGAGAAGAUGGUGUUGUCUGUGUUUGGGUUGCUGGUAAUAUUAUGGAUGACAAGAAGAAUCACAGAUGACAUUCCCGGUUGGGGAGAGCUCUUCAAUGGUCGUGUUGGUGAUGGAAGUGUCAGUGUUUUGGUAGCUGUGUUAUUGUUCAUAAUCCCAAACAUGAAACAAAAGGGAGAAAAGCUAAUGGAUUGGAACGAAUGCAAGAAGUUACCAUGGAACCUGAUUUUGCUUCUAGGAGCUGGGUUUGCCAUAGCUGAUGGAGUCCAAUCUAGUGGCCUAGCAGAUGUGCUAUCUAGAGCCUUAGAUUUCUUGGAGAACACGCCAUACUUAGCCAUUGUUCCUGCAGUUACCCUAAUCAGUAGCAUUAUUACAGAGUUCAUAGCCUCCAAUGAUGCCACUGCCACGCUCCUUCUACCACUUAUGUAUCACGUGGCCAGAACCAUGCAUGUGCAUCCCCUUAUUCUUAUGGUCCCUGGCGCACUGGCAACUGAGUUUGCUUUCUUGCUUCCAACAUCAACUCCUUCAAAUGUAGUUGGAUUUGCCACUGGCCACAUUGACAUCAUAGACAUGCUCAAAGUUGGUCUACCACUUAAAUUUGCUGGGAUAGCUGUUCUCUCAAUUUUGAUGCCAACACUAGGAGCUACGGUUUUUAGAACAAAUUAAUUUACAAUAUUAAGAUGAUGACAAAUACAAACUCCAUCACGGAGGAAAACAUUUUAUCACUACUCUGUUGUAAUCCUUUUCUCCACAAUUUAAUGAAAGGGGAUUGUACUGAUUUAUAAAUUUGGAACUGCAUAUAUAAAAAUAAGAUUUGUUGUUUA